GCAUCGCAGGCUUCACAAGCUUCACAGGCUUUGAUAACCCCACAGGCAAAGGCUUUGAAAAAGACAAAGUCGACGCGGCUCAAGGAGCAUGAGACCUUGGAUGACGACAACCAGGAGGAAGCCGAGGAUGAGUCCUCCGAAGAUGAGAACGCUGAGGAUGCCAACACACCUGGCGACUAUCCUGACAACAUGAGCAAGGACGAGGUGAAAGAGAAGUCGCCACUAGGGCGCUUCGUUCGCUUCAAUCGGAAGCUUGGAUCUGGGUCCUACAAGACCGUUUGGCUGGGCUUCGAUAACGACACAGGAAUGGAGGUCGCCUGGAACAUCAUCUCGUUCCAGAACUUGGACAAGAAGGCAAAGAAGCGGAUCUCGGACGAGAUCCAGAUGCUGAAAAACCUCAAGCAUCCCAAAAUCAUUGCCUUCAUCAAUGCCUGGACGAACAAGGAGCAAGAGAAGGUCUGCUUCAUUACCGAGCGGGUCACGGGAGGUUCCCUCCUGCAGUACAUAAAGCGCAUCAAUGCGCCGCUGAAGCUCAAGGUGAUCCGCAACUGGUGCAGGCAGAUCUUGGAAGGUUUGAACUACCUUCACACGCGUCCGGACCCCAUCAUCCACAGGGACCUCAAGUGCGACAACAUCUUCAUCAACGGAAACCGUGGUGACAUCGUCAUCGGAGACCUGGGCCUGUCCACCACGCUGCGGGAGUCCUGCGCCGUGGCCCGGUCCAUUGUGGGAACCGUCGAUUUCAUCGCCCCUGAGAUCUACGAUGAAAACUACGGCACGUCCGUGGACAUCUACGCAUUCGGAAUGGUACUUCUGGAGAUGAUCGGAAGGGAGCAGCCCUGGAGCGAAUGCGACACUCCAGGCGGAGCGGUUCAGGGCUUUGCGGGAAAGCCCCAGAUCCUUACAUGGGUUGCGGCAGCUUGGUCUGCUCUCAACAAGGAAGUGAACAUUGGUAGAUGA